UAAACUGUAAAUUAAGUGUCUGAUGAGAUCACAAAUACAGAAGCGUUUGGCUGUGAGAACAGUAAGAGCAGGAUGCUACAGGUGCCUUAUGGAGCGCUCGACCGGGACAAGCCACUUAUUCGUGUGCCUUUCACUCACUUCGCUGUUGGAACGGUCUGUUUGCCCCUGAUCGGUCUGCUGACGUGCAUCGGCGUCUCUCUAUUUUCCCAUUACAAUGAAGCUACCUACACUCACUGCCAGGUGCGUAACUACCUCCCGUCUAUCAGCGCUGCUAUUAGCCUGACGCCGGAACGCUACAUCUGGCGUUUCUGCAUAGGUCUGCACUCUGCACCACGGUUCCUGGUAGCGGCCGCCUACUUCAGCUAUUACCGCCGGCGCUUCGCCAAACAGCUUGUGGAGCUGCUAGUCAGUGUCCUCACCCUUCUUACCUCACUGAGCGAGAACAUUGGCCUACUGCUUCUCACUUACGUCUCCUCCACCGAGACUUACAAAAUCCACAAAUAUGGUUUCAUCGCCUUCAUCGCCAGCUCUCUCCUGCACAUGCUCUGUGCCUGCCGGCUGUGGUACAUCAUCAAGAGACAUUCUCUCAGUCCUGAGGAGAUGACAUCAUAUCGCUACAAACUCCGCCUCUUCCUCUUUAACAUCAGUUCCUGUGCAGUUGCUGGCUACUUCUUCCGACGGCACAAUAAGUACUGUGAACCAGGAAUCUACACACUCUUUGCUUUGUGUGAGUACUUGGUGGUACUCUCAAACAUGGCUUUCCACAUGACAGCCUACUGGGACUUUGGAAGCAAAGACGUGAUGGUGGCCACGCCCCCAGAGGGCAAGCGCUUCUGACCCCCGCCCCCCCAGCGCUGGUCGGAAUGGUGAAAGCGAAUGCCACGGAUGCCUGGCUUUGACGUCGUUGUGGGAACCACAGAAGGAUGACAGAUGGGUGCAGGGGUCUGACGCCAAUUGAAGGCCACUGAUU